AUGUUUUCUCAAAAGACCCUUCUUAUUCUAGCUUUUACUUUAUUUUCUGUGGGAACCAAUGCCAGACCUACUGGAAUUGUGGGAACACCCAUUUUCCAAGUGCCUAGUACUGUUAGUACCGCAAUUGGUACUUCUACUAGUGCUUCAACAUCUUUGAAAGUAUCUCCAAAGCCUGUUCCAACUACUCUUGCUGUCAUCAAAAGAGAUCAGCAACCUAGUUCUUCCGCAGAGGGUUCACAAACCUCUGCUGAUCUCGGAUCUCAGACAUUUGGAGAUAACGGAUUUGCAAAUGCUAAUCCUAACCAACGUGGGGGAGGUGGAGGCCGUGGGGGACCUGGCGGUGGCCGAGGUGGGCCAGGAGGAGGCCGUGGUGGCCCCGGAGGCCCCGGAGGCCCCGGUGGUGGUCGUGGAGGACCUGGCCGCGGCGGACCAGGUGGGCCUGGUGGGCCUCCUGGUGGUGGUCGUCGGGGUGGUGGCCGCCCCCCUGUGUUACCGGUGCCAAUCCCUGUUCCUGUUCCUGGCUACCCUUAUCCUAACUCAUACCCGCGUCCUGGGUAUCCUUAUCCUGGUACCGGUUAUGACCCAAAUUACGAUUCCAGCUACGAUGAUGGAAACUAUGAUUGUAAUGGUCCUGGAACCACAGUAGAAUCUGUCAAGCACUGCACUGAUACGUUGCGUCGCUUGCUCUCCCCAUAUUACGCUAUACUUAACGUUGCUGGAUCCACGCUUACUACCGAGCCGUGGGGUUCCUCCACCUCUUUGCUUGUGAUCCCCGGAGGUGCUGACUUGCCAUAUUGUCGCGAACUUGAUGGAAAAGGCACAGCUGCAAUCACCAAGUUUUUGCGCAAUGGCGGCCGAUAUCUUGGAUUGUGCGCUGGAGGCUACUUUGGUGCCUCUCGAGUCGAAUUUGAAAUGGGUAACUUGGAGUUAGAAAUUUCUGGCCCGCGUGAACUCAAAUUAUUUCCUGGAACAGCACGCGGGUCAGUAUUUAAAGGAUUUCAAUACGGGACCCAUGUUAAUGCAAAGGCAGCACGGGUCGAAGUGAAUGGGGAAACCCUUAACAGUGAUGGCGGUGAGCUAUAUACUUAUGUUGAUGGCGGGUGUCUGUUUGUUGAUGCUGAUUCGUACAAAUCAAAAGGAGUGGAAGUGCUGGCAAGAUAUCUUGAUCCACUAGCUUUCUCAGGGUCUGAUCUAGAAGGUGACAACAUUGAUAAGUCUAAGCCUGCAGCUGCAGUAUAUUGUCCUGUUGGCCGUGGGUGUGCAGUGCUUACCGGUUUGCACCCUGAAUUUUCUCCUGAGCUUUUAAAGCGAGUUCCUUCUCAUGAGGAGUAUACCAAGACUUUGAAAACGCUCACUGAACACGAUGCUCCCCGUAUCGAAUUUAUGAAAGCUAUUUUGAAAAAGAUGGGUCUUAAGGUGAACCCCAGUUUAGAACCCAUCCCCAGCUUGUCUCGGCUUUCUCUUACUUCAAUAGAUCCUCCUUUGCUCAAGUUUUUGAUUGAAAAGUGGGAAACUGAACUUGGCAUUAGCCAGAAUGUUAUAGACGGCACCAAUGAUAAAUUUCGGAUAUGGGAUGCAAAGCAGCACAACCAAUUCACUACAAGUAAUGCUCUCGAAUACUCAGAAGAAUCGACGCUUGAUGUGGAUUACGACAAGGUUGUGAAAGAUAUUGAUGUCUAUUACGAUGGACUUCCUGAUAGCCGUAUUACGCCUAACUUUAGCUUGCAAAAGUAUUACGACAGCCUGAAAGAACUCCGUAUUGCUCAGGCUCAUAGUUCUGGGUUUGGUUAUGGGGUAGGUGUUGAACUUACACUUUCUGAUAAUACAGCUGCCGGAUCAACCAUAUUAUAUGGAGAAGUUGUGACGUCAACGUCAACAAUGCUGUUUAAAAAUUACAAGCUACUGCGAUACUUGCCGUCAGGGUUUACCGCUAUUGGUGCUGUGCAGGUUGCUGGUCGUGGCCGAGCAAACAAUGUAUGGGUGAACCCUCCUGGAGUGUUGGCGUUUUCCACUGUUUUGCGAAUGCCCUUGCACAACGACUUUGGGCUUCCAUCGCCAAUGGUAUUUGUUCAGUACUUAGCUGCGAUUGCUAUUGUGGAUUCGAUCCAGAAUUAUGCUCGGGGGAGUCUUGGAAUUGCUGAUUUUCCGGUGCGCAUCAAAUGGCCUAAUGACGUUUACUUGAUGAGUUCUGAAGGAGAUGAAAAACCGUUUUUUAAGCUUUCAGGUAUUUUAGUCAACACUACAGUCAUUGAUGGUGAAUAUGCCAUGGUGGUAGGUAUUGGUAUCAAUGUUGCAAACGAAGCUCCAUCAAAGUCACUCAACACUGCAGUGGAAGAAUUCAAUGCUAAAUAUCGUGUUCCUUUGGGCAAAGCACCCUAUGGACGUUUCGAGAUUGAACGAUUACUUUCCCACUUUAUGGUGAUCUGGGAGUCUAUGCUACGUGAUUUCAGAUUUCAAGGAUUUGCUGCAUUUGAGCAAAUGUAUUAUGAUCGAUGGCUGCAUAAUGGUAAGAUUGUGACACUGGAACAGUAUGGAAAUGCUAAGGCACGAAUCAGAGGAAUUUCAAAAGACUUUGGUAUGCUUGUUGUUGAUGAACUUGAUAGAAAUGAUAAUCCAACUGGCAAGACUUUUGAAUUACAACCUGAUGGGAAUUCUUUUGAUAUGCUUAAGGGUUUGUUAAAGAAGAAACAGUAA